AUGAGUGAGAAGAAGAGAAAGAAUGAGGGAGAGGAGGAAGAAUCAGUGCGAAUUAAUGAUACUUUAAACCGGUGUUAUCUUGUCGUGAAGAAUGAGAAGCGAGAAGUGAAAAUCAAAGAGCAAAAGAGUGGUGAAAAGUACACAAAGGCGGCGAAGAGGGAGAUAACAAUCUUGAAACGGAUUGCUGAGGGUGACAAAAAAGAUGAAAAAUGCGUGGUGAAGUUGUUGGAUGCUUUUAUACAUGAGGAGCAUGUUUGUAUUGUUUUUGAGUCUAUGGGGCAAGAUCUUUCGACUCUUAUCAGAAAUAGCUGCAGCAAAAAUGGUAGUGGUAUAUUGGUAUACCCAUUCUUAGAGUUAAUCGAAUUUGGGAAAGCUUGUGGGGCGGGCGAAGAGUGCGAUAAUGUGAUUCAGCAAAGAGAAUAUAGGUGUCCAGAGGUGACCUUAGGGUGUAAGUAUUCUACUGCAGCUGAUCUAUGGUCCUUUGCUUGCAUAGCUUUUGAGCUUGCAAUCGGAAACUCUCUUUGA